AGUAGCAAUAAGGAAGGACAGCACAAGAAACCAAUUCAUCCCUGGUGUCUCUCAUGUUUAGGUGAGGAGAGCUUCAGAGAGAGAAGAAGAAGUAGUAACUCCAGUACUAGAGACAGAUACAAAAGGAGACACCACCCCACACCCCUGAUGAGCAAGGCCAAAGCACAAGCAGAAACAAGAACACCAAGAACCUUCUCCUCCUUCCUUACUUCCUCGCUCGCGGCCGGCCAGCCAACCUGCGGGUGCUAAUUUGUGCUAUCUAGGCUAGGCUAGGUUAAUUGGAGAUCGAUGGAGGCGAGCUCGCCUGACCUCUCGCUGCACAUCAGCCUGCCGAGUAGCGGGCCGCCGACGGGCCCCGUGGAUGGGCUUGGGCCUCGGGCCGGCGGCGGGGACCCGUGGCGGAGGCUGAACGGAUCCACGGCGUCCACGGAGCUGUCGCUGUCGCCGCCCCUGCUGCAGGAGGGCGCCGCGUCGCUGCCGUGGCCGCGGCAGAGGGCGCCAUCAUCGGCCGCGGCUCCGUCUUCUUCGGCAGCGGCCACGACGUCCGCGGCACUGAUGACCAUGCCGAUGCUGCUGCAUCCGCUGGACGCGGCCGCCGGUGCCGCCAACGGCGCGUCGGCGUCGCCGCCAAUCCGGGGGAUACCUAUCUACAACGGCGCCGGCGCCGGCUUCCCGUUCCUCCCGCCCGCGGCGCAAGGAGGAGGAGGACUCGAGCUCCCGAAGGUCGGCUUCUACAGCGGCUCGUAUCACCAGAACCACCACCCGGCGACGACGUGGCCGUCCUCGCUGGGAGCCACGUCGCCGUCCGCGAAUUCGACCUUCGACCCCGCGGCGGCUACAGCGUUCGGGCUGUCCCCGGCAGCGCACCACCGGAUGCUGCAGUCCGCGUCCGGCCGGCUCAACGGCAUGCUCUCCGACACGCUCCGCGGCUACGGCGGCUCCCCCGGCGGCAUCGGCAUCGGCAUGGGCGGCCACCAGUACCACCACCUCCAUGGGCAUGGCCAUGGCGCGCAGCACGGCGGGCCCUUCGGCCGGUUCAUGCCCAAGCUCCCCGCCAAGCGCAGCAUGCGCGCUCCCCGCAUGCGCUGGACCAGCACUCUCCACGCGCGCUUCGUGCACGCCGUCGAGCUCCUCGGCGGACACGAGAGGGCGACGCCAAAGUCUGUCUUGGAGCUCAUGGACGUCAAGGAUCUGACGCUAGCGCAUGUCAAGAGCCAUCUCCAGAUGUAUAGAACCGUCAAGAGCACUGACAAGCCUGCAGCAUCCUCAGGCCCAGCCGACGGCGGCUCCGGCGACGAGGACUUCCCCAGCGCUGGCCAGGCAGGGUCCGGCGGCGACAACAACAUGUGCCCGAGGCCAUUCCCGGAGCACCGGUCCACCUCCGAGGGCGCGGCGAGCUCUGUCGGCGGCGGCGACAUGGACCAGUCCUCCGCGGGCAACGCAAGCACCAGGUGGAGCAACUCGUCAAGGGACCCAUGGCUGUCGUCCAAUUCUUGCAACAUGGACGCUCAUCGCUCCGUAGGACUGUCUUCUCCAAUCGAGAACAUGGAGGCCUGCAGAUCAAGCGGCUCGCAGGUGUCGAACCACGAGCUGAGCAGCCCGAGCCUCGAGUUCACGCUGGGGAGACCGGACUGGCAUGGCGUCGAUCAUGAUCACUAGCAAUACUAGCCAGCAAACUUACAGAAAAGAAACCUAGCAACAACAGGCUAAUUUUCAGUCCAAGAUACAUCGGUCCGUACUGAUAGAUCAUCUUUUAGUUGAGUUUCUGCUCCCUCAAAAUUCCUCCGACUGGUGCGCGAAUUGAAGAAAAUCGACGACAACCGGCCGGCUGUUACUGGGAGAGGAGCACCGGAGCAUCAACAUAUGAGCGCGCGGGAGAAGUUAUUACCAUGAUCGAUCUCUGUUAAUUAGUUACUUUUGGGGUUUUCCUAUGUUUUACCGGCUGAUGCAUGUUUCCAGAUAGCUAGCUAGCUAGCUAGUAGAUCGAUUUCCAUCUCAUCGAUAUCCUCUGUAGUUUUGUUUCCUUCGUCUGUGGCGAGAUUACAGCAUUAGUGCAGGCGUGUCGUGUGCACGAGAGAGUGAGUGUGUGUGGAUUGAGUUGGUGUGUGAAAGGGCCAGCUAGCUAGCUAGCUGGGCGUGUGUACGUGGAGCGUAUCAUUGGCACAUGGAAAGUUGGAAAGGGAGAAGGGAGAGAGAGAAAAGGAUGGAAUGAGUUCUGGUGAAGCAAUCUACUCCGAGAGAUCGACCAUGGUAAUGAUUUGAUCAACGAUCCCCUUUUGUGCA